GUCCUUGGAAUUGAAGCUGCUAGAACCUCAAUUAUCCAAGAAAUUUUAUCGACAAUGCAAAAUCAUGGUAUAACCUUGGAUCGGCGACAUGUAACGUUGCUUGCUGACUAUAUGACUUUUCGGGGUGAAGUCUUGGGUAUUACUCGUAAUGGGCUCGUGAAAAUGAAAGAAUCAGUGCUUCUUCUUGCGUCUUUCGAAAAAACGAUGGAUCAUUUAUUCGAAGCUGCUUUCUUUUCUCAAGAAGAUAAAAUAUCGGGUGUAAGUGAAUCAAUUAUUUUGGGAACUCCUAUAAAUGUUGGCACUGGUCUUUUUAAAAUACUUCACAAGUCUUCCCCCGUAAAUACUUCACGACAAAAAACAAUUUUUGAAAUGUAUGAUUUUAAAUUGAAUUUGUGA